UUAUAUUCUGUUCACAAAAAAAACCAUUUAGAAUUUCUCAGUUCUGAUUAUACAUUUAAAGUUAAAAUCUUCUGAGUUUGUCUGACAGAUUUAUAGUAUAUCUGAUUAGCUACUAUUUCUUGCUUCUUUGUGGACCGCUUGUUGUUGAAAGUGAAUGCGAUGGGUUUAAAUGAAAAUAAGGAUUAGAUCGAAGAUCUAUGAUAUUAAGCAUUAACUGACCUAUGCCAAAAAUUUAUCUUGGAAAACCAUCAGUUUAAGUGGCAUAUAGAUUGUUGUUUUGGAGGUUUGCUCUAUGUUGUCAUGCAAAGGCAGAGUAUUCGUUAUUGCAAGGCAUAUUUUGGUUUUGGAAAAAAUCCUAAUGGACACCUUGAUUCUAGAUUUCCCUGUAUAGUUCCCAGCUUUCUUCAUGAUAGAAGUAAGGUUAGAUUGUGUCUCAUUAGGGCUAAAAUCCCAUCUACUAGUAAAACUUUGGACACAUUCCGAGCUGAAAGAAUCAGAGUGGCUGAGGUGAAUCAGGGAGAACUGUCAGAUGAAGAUGAUGAUCUCUGUCCUGCUGAAUGUGUUAGAGAAUUUAAGACCGACGAGGAACUAUCCAGAGUUCUUGAAAAGGCUAAAGAAACAGAUUCUUUAGUUGUGGUAGAUUUUUAUCGCCCUUCUUGUGGAAGUUGCAAGUACAUAGAGCAAGGAUUUGGAAAAUUAUGCAGGGGAUCUGGCGAUCAAGAUGCUCCAGUAAUCUUCUUAAAGCACAAUGUAAUUGAUGAGUAUGAUGAGCAAUCUGAGGUUGCGGAUCGACUUAGAAUCAAGUCAGUGCCCCUCUUCCAUUUCUAUAAAGAUGGGGUCCUCCUGGAAGCAUUCCCAACCAGAGACAAAGAAAGGAUUACUGCAGCCAUUCGUAAAUACACAUCUCCUGCAUCUUAAUAUGCUUUAACUUAUCUGGUUAUGAUUCAAGUGCUUGUGCCUGUAGAAUAAUAAUGGGGAACUUCAACUGGACGCAGAUACGAUCGAUUACUUAAGAAACAUUUUUUCUUAGUGUAAACCAUACUGUCUUCAAUUGCUGCUCAUUUGCCAUUUGAUUAAUACUAUUAAAGGUUUAUUCAUUUGCUACUAUGCAUUAUGUAAUAUAUUCACUUUAAGGUUAAAUUGAUGCAGAUGUGGCUUCUAGCUUAUUUUAGCCA